UUUCAGUUGCGGUCACCAUGAACACAAUUUAUUUUUGAGCCAAGUCCAACCAAAUUGGAUUUUAUAAUUGUAAAACUAUAAAAAUUGCGGUCUGCUUAACCACUAUCGAGCUAGUUAAUAUACGGAAAAAAGUGCCAAGUUGGGGGCUAAUCGAAACUAAAGUUCAAACGUGAAAUAAUCGAAAAGUUGCGAUCUUUUUUCAAUGGCUACCUCUCCCUUUCCAGUUUUUAUAAGAAAUAAACAAAACUCCAAUUGGAAAAUAGUCAUGAUUACACCAACACAAUAAAAACAACACGAAUAAUGUGCGGGCGCAGUGUAAAAUAACGUAAAUAACGUAAGAAAGCAUAGAAAGUUAACGUAAAACGAGUAUUGCGCAUUCCACGACGGCAGUAGUACCAGUAACGGCAACAACAACAACGACCACUAUAGUAGCAGCAGAGCAACGAGAACAAGCAAUUCGAAAGUUUGCUAUCGUUGCGGCCAGCAGAAAGCACAUUCAUCUCAGAUGGCAACACCACCACGGGCUUUGGAUACCAUCUCGCUGUGCUCCACAGUAUCCAGUUGUCCAGAUCGCAAUGGCUUCUAUGGCGGAUUCCAGCGAACCGACAAGCCCAAGGAACCGCUCUCUAAGGCACAGAUCAUUGCACGCGAAAAGAAAUGGCUUUAUAUGAUUGACAACUGGUCCAUAUAUAUGUCGAAAAACUACAAAAAGAUACGCGAUAGAUGUCGCAAAGGAAUACCGAAGUCAGUGCGUCCUAAGGCUUGGUUCUAUUUGUCGGGUGCAUAUUUGCUUAAGAAAAAGAAUCCAGAUGUGUAUGAGGAGUUAUUGAAGAAACCUGGCAAUCCAGCGACUAUUGAGGAAAUCAAAAAAGAUAAACAUCGUCAGUUUCCGUUUCAUGAAAUGUUCCUUGACGAGCAGAAGGUGGGACAAAUCGAACUCUUCAAUGUGUUGAAGGCCUAUUCGAUAUACAACCCAAAGGUGGGAUUCUGUCAAGCACAAGCGCCAAUAGCAGCAUUUCUAUUGAUGCAUUUGCCGGCAGAAGAUGCCUUUUGGGUAUUUGUCAGCGUAUGUGAUGUCUACUUGCAGGACUACUUUAUACCUGGGCUCGAAGUGAUACAAAACGAUGCCGGGAUACUGGAGGGAUUGCUGAAGAAAACCUGCCCGCCCGUCUACCGUCAUCUGCAGAAACACAAAGUAGAACCGUUGCUCUACAUGACCGAUUGGUUUCUAUGCGCUCUGACUCGCACUCUACCCUGGGAGACCCUGCUGCGAGUAUGGGAUUGUUUUCUCGCCGAGGGCAUACGAGUCAUAUUCAAAGUGGCGCUCGUCAUUAUUGGAGCAUCACUAAGUCGGCACAAGGUGCGCAAGACGUGCACAGGGCUGUGCGAAACGUUGGCGGUGCUACGUUCACCCCCAGAGCACAUUAUGGAGGAGGAGUUUAUUAUAAACAAUAUGAUGCGUCUCAAUUUGCGUGUAGAAGACUUUCAAAUUGAACAUACACGCCAAAAGGCGCGACGUGCCAAACAAAAGGCUCAGCAAGAUGGAGCAACGAGUGGAGGGGCGGAGUCGAGCACAAGUAAUGGAAGGCGCAACAUGCCAACGCUGUGAGGAGAAAGGAGCACUACACGCCAACUAUUUACUAUAACAACCAUCAGCAUCAAAUUGUUAUUAAACACACAACAGACACUCACACGAAAACAUACAGCGCAUAAGUUUUAUAUAUGUUUACUUGAAUAUACAUACAAGACAUAAACAUGCAAUGUCGAAUAGAGAGGGAAACGUGCACAAAAAAAAGGAGAACGGAACUGAAACUUGUAAACUUCGAAACGAUAUAUGAAAAUGAUAAACAGAAAUAUGAAUAACAAACCAACAAAAACAAAAA